AACAAUGCAUAGGACUUGCCCUAGCAGCACAAACACUUUGACUGCUGAAUGACUCUAAACAACAUGGCGGCCUCGGUGUCUAUCGACGUGGACGCUCUUGGUUCAAAGCCUGACGAUGGACUUCACUUUCAAGAUAUCCCACAUAACACCUGGUCAGGUGAUGGGAGAGAGUCGGAGCAAGAUGGUAGGACUCAAACCCAUUCCUUCACCAACUUUCCUCACUCUGCAGCUGAUUCAGAUGAUGAGGAGAGUGACAAAGCUGAGCUGCUAAAAGACAAAAGAACAGCUUCUUUCUGGACAUUUGAAUAUUACCAGCAGUUCUUUGAUGUUGAGACAAGCCAGGUGGCAGGACGCAUCUUCGGGUCAAUGUUUCCACGUCCUCAAGUCAACUACUUAGAGAAACAUAUACGCCCUAACCCUGAUCUGUAUGGACCAUUUUGGAUCUGCACAACCCUAGUAUUCACUACAGCUAUUGCUGGCAAUUUGGCCAAUUAUUUCCAGACCGUGGGAACAAAUCAAUGGGUGUAUGACUUUCACAAAGUGACAUGGGCAGCAUCAGCCAUUUUUGCAUACUGGUGGUUGAUUCCAUUUGCUCUAUUGAUGGUUUUAUGGUGGCGUGGAAACCCAGCACACUAUACUUUUUUGGAGAUCCUCUGUCUUUAUGGAUACUCCUUGGCCAUCUACAUCCCUAUAUCACUGCUGUGGGUUAUCCAGAUUAUCUGGCUUCAGUGGCUUCUUGUCAUGUUAGGGGCUGCCUUGUCUGGUUCCGUUCUUCUUCUUGCUUUCUGGCCAGCUGUGCGAGAAGAUGUCAAAAAGGUGGCACUGACCAUUAUGGCCAUCAUCUUUAUCCUGCACUUUGCACUAGCCUUAGGUUUUAUGCUUUGUUUCUUCUAUGUGCCUUCUAACAACAUGCAGCACUCACAACUAGUGCCGUCCAACACAACAGUAGCUGCUGUUGUAGAGAACUCAGCCUUGAAGUUGUCUCUGGUCAACCAGUCCCAAGCCCAGCCAGACAGUGUGACAGACAGCAAGCCACAAGGUACACUGCAGGAAAGCAGAUGAGAGCAGGUUAUACCCUCAUAACCAGAGGUUCAAAACAACAGUCGGAUGGUGCCUAGUCAUCUCACAAAAUGAGACUUUCAACAGUCAAAGACAUGUGAAUGGUAAUUUAUCUACAGAUAACAGACUGAAGUCAGACUAAGAAUACAAAGCUCUAAAAAAUAGUGAUGUACAAUUUAUUAUGAUAUAUGGUACAGCAUUUUUAUUGAUAUCUGCUACACAUGAACACAGGUGAGGAAGGGAAAAUAAUUUCUAAUGAGUGGGGGAAAAAAAAGUGAAAUUGCAACCUUUCGACAGCAGUGUGAUAACCCUGUAAGUCACAUUAGUUGCCAUAGUUACCUGACUUUAUUGGUAUUUCUUUCUUUGACUUAAGCAGGCAAACUCUGCAGAUUGGUGUUUGCUGGCUCAAGUUGAGCAAUUUUAUCUUGUCCAGUAUUCUCUGGUAAGACUUAUUCUGCACUUCACAGACAUUGUAUGCACCUGACACUGUGUUGUGAGUGACCAGUUCUGCUACAGAGCUGUGUUAAUUACUCAAAGUAAACAUGGCAUGGUUAGGUUUUAUCUCUGGGAAGCUCGGCGCGGACCAACUGUCACUGUUGAAAGGUUCAUGAGGGUCUGUGACUAGUGGGAAGCCCACAAGGGCCUGUGAUUAGAAAACACCUAGCAAGCGGAUGGCUACCUGAUUUUUUCAGGUAUGCUAAAAGGCAGUGGAAGGAAAGGAUUAGGCUCCACCUUGUAUAUGCCAUAAUCUAGACGUAGUAGACCACUUACACUUCACUUCUCUUGUGGCCAUCAUGUAUGGGACCUUUUACCUUUACCCAUUUUUAAUGCUCAACUGAAAUGUUAGCUGUAAUGGUUAACUCUAUUAAUCUGCUUAUUAAAUUUGUAAAAUACCCA